AUGGAACCUAAGCGAAAAAGCGGGUCCCUCGCCAAACAUGACUUACCGCAAUUCUAUCUUUUAAUUAUGCUAUAUUUGGUUCAAGGUAUACCCGUGGGCUUGGCCUUUGGUACGGUACCAUUUCUGCUUAAGUCCCUAGCAAAGGAGACCUCGUUCACAUCACUGGGAAUUUUUUCUAUGGCUACGUAUCCGUAUUCUUUGAAGAUUAUAUGGUCCCCUAUAGUUGAUUCGCUGUAUAACAAGCGCAUCGGUAGAAGAAGAUCAUGGAUCAUCCCAGUACAGUUUGUUAGUGGAUUUGUGCUAUGGAUCCUAGGGUGGUGCAUAUCACGAGGCAUAAUCUUUGACGGCGUGGAUGAUGCAUUCCAUAAUCGCGGGAAUGGUACUCUACACAGCGUCAAUAUAAAGAAUUUAACGUGGUGGUUUGGCCUCUUGGUUUUCUUGUGUGCCACUCAAGAUAUUGCAGUAGAUGGUUGGGCUUUAACGAUUCUGUCCAAGGAAUCCCUAUCGUAUGCAUCCACCGCGCAAACAAUAGGUUUAAACAUCGGUUAUUUUAUGUCAUUCACCAUUUUCCUGUCGUUGAAUUCAUCAGAUUUUGCCAAUAAGUAUUUUAGGAAGAUCCCAUUAGAUUACGGGUUCAUCAGUCUUGGUGGAUACAUGAAGUUCUCAGGGAUUCUUUACAUUGUGAUUACUAUAUACAUCAUAUUUUUCACUAUAGAGAAGCCCUUCGUGGAGUAUUUACCCAAAGUCGACCCGGUAAAUUCUGUCAAUGAAGAACCGAAACAGAUGACUAUUGAGUACGACGAUGGCGAUGUUGUGUCAGCUCAGAAUACAAAAAGUAUAAAGUACAUUUACCACUGUUUUGUAAAAGUGCUGAAACUGAAGUCAGUGAGAAGUCUAGCUUUUAUUCACAUGAUUUCCAAAUUUGCCUUCCAAUGUAAUGAAGCAGCCACUAAUCUGAAACUUCUUGAGCAAGGCUUCAAAAGAGAAGACCUAGCUGUCACAGUGCUUAUAGACCUGCCGUUCGAAAUCAUAUUUGGGUACUACGUUGUCAAAUGGAGCUCUGACAAAGACCCUAUGAUUCAUAACAAUAGAAGGUUAAGAAACGGCGCAAAAACUAACAAGAUAGUCUAUUUUCUAGUAGGAGAUGCUGGCGUCCUGACACCGUGGUUGUGGGGGUUUUUGGGCCGUCUGGCGGCAGCGGUCUUGGGAAGCUACGUGGUGAAGCAAUUCCCUAAAGGCGGUGAGAUAUCCACUCGGUAUUUCUGCCUGGUCGUAUUCCAGCACCUCUUAGGCUCCUUUAUGAAUACCGUUCAGUUCAUUGGAAUUUCCGCCUUUCACACUAGAGUUGCAGACCCCGUGUUGGGUGGUACAUACAUGACCUUAUUGAACACCCUAAGCAACUUUGGCGGAACUUGGCCGCGGCUGAUCAUCAUGUCUCUGAUCAACUACUUCACCGUGUACCAGUGUACCAUUCCCAAUACAAAUGAAGUGUAUGUGACCCACGGCGGCAGCAUGCAAGCAUGCACCGAACUCCUGCAUGGCACAGUAACCAUCCUGCGCGACGGCUACUACAUCACUAACCUAAUAUGUAUUGCGGUCGGACUUUUCCUAUAUUUCGGGUACUUGAAAAGAAAAAUUCUGCAUUUGCAAAGUCUGCCGAUCAGUUCCUGGAGAUGUACCUAA